UAAUCAGGAACUACAGUUGGACCUUUUCACCUAGAACAAAUUGAUCUCGAUCCCGGAAUUACGCAAUACACCGAGCCGUGCUACAAUGUUUCAGCUUUGCAUAGCCAAUAACCAAUAGGUUCAAUAAACUUCCACUCUCCCUCUGAUUGCACUGUUUUGCCACAUGUCGCGACUGGAUCAUAAAUAGGUGUACAUAUGCAAUCACGUCUCUCACCGCGAUGACCUGUGGGUGCACAUCAAAUUUGGCUGCAGCAGCAUGCCGAUAAGAGGUCCCCUUAAAAGAAGAUUCUCCGCCGAAUUGGCUCAACAGUCGCUAGUGAACAGGUGAUCAGUUCGUACCGAAGGACCAAAGGACACACGAUUCAGUGGUGGUGUUGUGUGAUGAAGCUGUGGAUAGCUCUACUUGCCCUUGUGGCAGCAGUGCAUUCCGUACCGGUGAAAAACUUCUUCUACGGAACCGGUACCGAAGAGUACGUCUAUCGUUAUGUGCUAGAUGUGAGAUCGGGCGUUAUAGAAGCCAAGAAGGGCUCGCAAUAUGAAGUGAUGGCUGAUGUGCAUAUUCGACCAGAUCCCACUGGAAAUGGUACGUUUGUGUAUCUGGUUGAUCCCAAGGUUUACGUUUAUACGGGACCACUCAUGAUCAAAGGUGAUCUUCCUCAAGUAAAAACGGCAGAAAAAUCAUUUGUGCCAAUUGCCAAGGAAGCGGAAGUUAUCAAACUACCUUUCUACGUUACAUAUGAUAAGUAUGGAAUGGUGCACGAAGUGUUCACUGUUGCUGAGGAUACUCUGUGGAGUAUCAAUAUUAAAAAGGGCAUUGCAGCUGCACUUCAGCUUCCGGUCGACAAAGUUCCAGUGAAGAAAUAUGUGAAGCCUGUUGUGUUUUCCACCGUGGAAGAAAGUGUAUAUGGUUCGGUAAAUGUAACCUACGACGUGGAAUCGGUACAUGAUCACAUUGUGGUAACCAAAUCUCCUGAUUACACAACCUUCGAUAACAUGCCAUACGAUGUCUACAGCAAUGUAGAGGUAGAAAAAGUCUACAAGAAUUAUGCCAUCUGGAACACAACAUAUGCAGAAGCGAAAUACAUGGUGGUGAGCGACAAAGAUGGUGUUAAAGUGGAGGAAGUACACACCGAUAGCAUCAAAACAGUACAACCAUCAGUCUCCGAAGGUCAAGUGCAAUAUGUUGCUACUAAGCAAUAUUUUGUGUUCAAAUCGACUGUGGUUCCAUCGACUCCUUUGGAGUUCUCCAAAUUUUUGGUCUAUAAUCCGCUAUAUUUUGUACCAUCCAAAAAAUACUUCGAAUCAUAUUUCCCAUGCUUAUCAAUUGUUCCUCAUGUGGUGGAUAUGACUGUGGUUGGACCGAAAGUGCAAGCUAUGUUAUAUGAAGCUGUUGAAUAUCUCAAUGAAAACCCGAUCACAAACGUGGAAACCGAGACCAAGCACGGCCUGACUAUUACGAGGAUAGUCGAAGUAUUCAAACCAUUCACCGUCGAAAAUUUUGAACAGUUCUAUACUUUGAUUAUCAAAACCACUACUCCGAAAGACGUUGUUGCGGUUGACGUAUUCUACAAAAUAUUGCCCAUCGUUGGAACCAAAAACUCGGUGGUUUUUGUGAAAAAUCUCGUAAAGAGUCACAAAUUGAAGGAUUUUGUCUCUAGCACCAUGUUUUUCUCGCUGGGACUGAACGUACGAGUGCCGACCGUAGAGCUUCUAAAAGAAAUCGAAGAAUUCUACCAUUUUGAGAAUGAAGUGAAACCAGAGGUCGCCCACGCUGCAGUUCUGACAUUCGGUUCGUUGGUUUAUAAAACAUUCAAGUACGAUACGCACUCGCCAGUGCUGCAACAGUAUGUCAAAGUAUUCUACAAAAAGUUGAAGGAAGCAAAGACCUUCGAGGAGCAGUUGGUAUGGUUACAUGGUCUGAAAAACAUAGAAGUAGGAACUGUUUACGAGCUACUUGCUCCCAUUGUAAAAGGCGAACAGGUCUUAGAUCUGCCCUAUGAUCGUCAUCUGCGGGUUCAUGCUAUAUAUUCAUUGGAAAAAAUCCUGCACUACGACUAUGAUGAGCUAUUUGAAGUAGUCUACCCCGUAUUUGUAGAUGAAACUCUGCCUACUGAUCUACGUGUAGCUGCUUUGAAAGUUUUGCUGUCUACAGAAGAGGUUAAAUACUUUGCAAAAAUUGCUACAGUCAUGGGAACAGAAAAGAAUCCACAAGUAUACUCUUUCUUCGUAACUACCGUUGAACACAUGGCCGAAUCCUCAGUACACAAGGAAACUGAUUUCUGGCAAUACGUAAAGCAGACGGAGAAAUUCUUCAAGCACGUUGAUCCUUCUGUGGAAACAAAGGCAUUCUACUACGAUUACGUUGACAAGAAGCACUUCUUUGGAGCAUCGAUUUAUGGAAACCUGGUGGCUGAUGACAAACACAAUAAGGUUAACCAAUUUUUCAUCAACUUCAGUCCAUACGUGAUGGAUCGCCAUGUGGAUCUGUACUCUGUGUUCGUAAAGUUCGAGGGUGUUGAAAAUCCAUUGACCAUGCUGUGGCCCAAGCUAUUCAAUGUUGAACCCAAAACAGUGAAGGAACCUAUCAUUAAGCACCAUGAAAAGGAACCAGUGCAUGUAGAGUUUACUCUGAUGGCCAACGGAAAGGUUGUUUACACUACAUAUUUUGAUGAGCAAACCAUCAAAAUGUUCUACAGCCACACUUGCCUUACUAUUUUAACUACGAUGAAGUACCAGUUUACCAGCGUUUUGAAUCUUGCUGACGUGGAAGUGUUCUCUCCCACAAUGGAUGGGAUACAAACUAAAACUAAUUUUGAACUGCCAUUGAUAUCUCAGUUCAAAUACGAUGUCAUUGUACCUGUCGCCAAUAAUGUGAAUGAAAUGACGUUCUCUGUUCAUAGCUACUUCCGUAUAUGGAUGCACGGUUUCUACGGAAUUUCGGUUUACAAUCCGUUUGCCAUGACAUGGCAAGGAACCCGACGGGUCCAUGCAUUUGACUUCAGUGUACCGUUCAAUUUCGAUGUAGUCUUCAAUUUCCAGCAAAACUCAUUUAAGUUUGUGUGGACCAAGAGCACCAAUGAUGUUCAAAAUGUAGUUGGAUUCAAGACCCACGUUAAAACUCAGGUAUAUGCCAGAUCUGAUUCUGAAGUGGAUUACAUGAAGACCACCUGCCCGGAAUGCAAGCAUUUCUUAACGACAGUCGUAGAACCUGUGUAUAAGAAAAAAGAUGUUGUACUACACGAGACCCAUUCAAAGUACACUGGCCUGCACUUUUAUCUAUCCGUCUAUGACAUCGAAGAAAUGCCUCAUUUCAAAUACUUCAAAACCCUUUCUGAUAUGUUCGUUAGUGAUGCCUUCUAUGAACUUCCGGAAAUGCCGUUCUUCAAGUUCAUGAUGACCUAUUACACAUGGUUCUACACUCACUUCUUCCCACCGCAGUAUUCGACUUAUGGAGUCGUUGGCUACAUCAACCCAUGUAAGGUCUACCCAUUCGAUAAGCUCGAAGUUACCUUCAAAGUAAACACAGAAGAUGUUCCGCAUAAGUUCUGGACCACUCCUAGCUAUCAUCAAUACGUGAAAGUUUCAGCAGUUUUCAAAAAUGACCAUGACGUUGAACUUAACCACUGGGAUAUGAAUGUUCAUUUCACUCACGAAUACGGGGUCUAUUUCAAGAAAUUCAAUGUACAAGUUACGAGGAAAACUCCUGGGGAAAAGAACAUGAAUGUAUGUUUUGAUUAUGUGAAGGAUGUUGAAACAGAUUCGGUAAAUGGCAAGAUGACCUACUAUCAUGGUUACUCAUACGAUCACAAGUGUGUGAAGGACGAUAUGGUCGUUUCGGUCGGAUGGACUGGAAGCUUUUCAGAAACACAGAAAAAUUUCACCAAGAGCCCUAACUAUUCAUACAAAGAAUGCGUGAAACACUACGUUGAGAUGUACAAACCACCCACACACAACCUUUCGCCAAUUCCAAUGACAUACCAUUGCGCUGAAGCCCACACUACUGUUCGUAAGUACGUGUACAACGUAGACUAUCAGCAUGUUAUGCCAGUGUACUUGGAAGUAUUCAAACCGGUGUGGUUCUGGGUACAGCAAGUGUUCCCUGUUUACUAUGACGUUUUUGCGCACCAUCACGUACCGGAAAGUAGUUUCGUUGUCGACGUGGAAUAUCCUUUGUGGUGGGUAGAACACCCAACAGUGGAUGUUACCAUCACCACACCAGUAGACAGUUUCGUGUUCGAGCACGUCCCAUACUACAAUUGGUUCUGGUGGUUCCAACCCGAUAGCGUUGUUUUCAGCAGAUACUUUGACGUUAUGAAAACCACCGGCUACACAACCGAAUGCGUAGUAAACCCUGUGUUCAACUAUACCGGUUAUCAUUACGACGUCAGUAAAACGUCGGUCUACAAUGAAUGGACUCUAUAUGCCGCAGAUCAUCCUACGACCUACAAUUGGGCCGUCUACGUUCAGAAAUCGGAAAUGAGCUUAGUUGCUCUGAAGUUCGUGCUAAACGGUCACGUCGUUGUGGUGCAACCUGUCGUUGACAAGAUGUACGAGAAGACGGGAGUUAUGAAGUACACGUUCACCGUAGAUAGCGACAUUAUGGAAGUUAUGAAGCAUGGAGUUGUCUCGGGAGUGUAUCCAUUCAAGUACUUCAAGGUAGACAGCACCAUUGUUUUUGUGAUUCCAAACGUAUCGGUUUACGUUGUCUACGAUGGACACCAAGUAGUGAUAGAAACUGUCAAGAGCGAUAAGGUACAGUACUACGGUCAUUGUUAUGUUUGAAAUACAUUCCACUUAGAUUUUGUUGUUCAAUUGGUCUAUCAAAUAGAAGCCGAAUAGUGUA